AUGUCUGCUCAAAAAUCUUUCCUUGACGCCAUCAAGGAACGUCGCACAAUCUACGCACUCAACAAGGAAUCGCCCGUCUCAGAUAAGAGGAUUACUGAACUUGCAGAGCUGGCUCUGCUUAAUGUUCCUUCAUCCUUUAACUCUCAGAGCACCCGUCUUGUUGUGCUGUUGAACAAGGACCAUGACCAGUUUUGGGACUAUGUUCUUGAGGUUUUGAAGCCUCUUACUCCCGAGGACAAGUUCGCUGGGACGCAACAAAGAGUUGGAGGAUUCAAAGCUGGUUACGGAACAAUCCUCUUCUACGAAGACCCCGAGCCAGUCGAAGCCCUCCGCAAAGCAUUCCCCCCCUACGCCCACCACUUCGGCGACUGGUCCGAGCAAACAAACGCCAUGCACCAAUUCGCCCUCUGGGUCGCCCUCGAAGCAGAAGGCUUCGGCGCAAACCUCCAGCACUACAACCCCGUCGUCGACCCCAAGGCCGCAGAGCACUGGAAAAUCCCCCUCGACUGGAAACUCCGCGCUCAACUCGUCUUUGGCGGUCGCGCCGGCGGACCUGGUGAGAAGGAGAGUAAGCCUACGCAUGGAACUAGGUUGUUUGUGCAUGGAGCGAAAAUUUAG